AUGAUCACUCAACUCCCAUCCAAAAUCCUUAUCAUCGGGGCGACGGGCGGUAUUGGCAAGUAUAUCACCAAUGCUAUAGUCUCGGCCGAGCCCCGUAUCGGCCGGCAGAUCUCUAUCUUUACAUCGCAAGCUACGGCAACUAGCCCCGCUAAGCAAGAUCUAUUGUUUUCGUGGAAGUCUAAAGGGGCGUCGAUCAUCACAGGUGAUCUGAACAACUCUGAUGAUAUCAAAAAGGCCUACAGCGGCGUCGACACGGUUAUUUCGUGUUUAGGAAGAAAUGUGCUAGCCAGCCAGAUUGAGCUGCUUAAACUUGCGGAAGAGAGCAAUGACGUGCAGUGGUUCUUCCCUAGCGAGUACGGUACGGACAUCGAAUACGACGCCUCAAGCAAGGAUGAGAAGCCGCACCAGACAAAGCUCAGGGUACGGGAGUUCAUUCGUGAGCACGUGAAGAGGGUCAAAUGCACCUAUGUCGUUACCGGACCAUACCUCGACAUGUACUUGACGUUGAUACCGACAGGCGAGGAUGCCGGAGGCUACGACGUAAAAUCGAAGAGGGCAGUAAUCGUUGGAAGUGGUGAUGAAAAGGUUGGACUCACCACCAUGCCAGACGUUGGUAAGCUAGUGGUUGCAGCUCUACGGCAUCCCGAUGCGUCGAUGGGAAAAGUCCUCAAAGUUCAAUCGUUGGUCACAACUCCAAACGCGAUCUUGGAAGAGUUUGAGAGACAGACAGGGACGAAGUGGACAGUCGACCAUACGACAAACGAGAAGCUCCGCGAGGUGGAGAAGGAGAAGUGGGAUGCCAACAACCCGUUGGCGGCGCUAUACACGUUGAGGCGCAUCUGGGCAGAAGGUGGCACUCUGUAUGAGAAGACCGACAACGAGAUAAUAGGUCUCACACCGGGAGACAUGGAACCCCUGAGCGCUGUCGUAAAGAGGGCUGUCAAUGGGGAAGGAUACUAG